AAUGAAUUCCUCCUAAAAAUUGAAGGAAUCUUAAAUUCCUGAAAAGGAGAAGGAUAAAAAUAAGUCAUAAAAAAGUAAAGAGGAUGCUAAAGAGACUCUUAAGAAAAUUGUUGAAUAAGCUCGUUAAGCAAUAUUAGAAAAUAAACUCAAUGUAACUUUAAUUCAAUAACAAAGGCCACAGAAGAAGUUCAUAAAGCUAUGAUAGAAUAUAAAGAGAUUUUAGGAGGUGAAAAUAGUGUUUUACUACUUCCUGGUUUAUUUAUAUAGGCAGAAGGAUACAUAGCAGAAGGCAAAUUGAAAAAAGCUGAAGAAUUUCUUUAGGCUGCUUACUGGAAUCUAUAUCAAUACAAUAAACCAAAAGAAAAAGGAAGCGAAGAUGGCAACAAAAUGGGUUAAGAUAUUUCAGAAAAAGAGAAUGCAGAAUAUAAUGGUCAGUUGCAUAAAAUAUUUUCAAAACUCUAUUUUGCCUAAAAGGAUUACAAAAAGGCAUUAGCAGAAUUAACAAUUGGAGUAAUGAUUAUCAUUAUUUUUCGAUAAGAUUUAUACAGAUUCUUGCAGUUCUGACCCAGAACAUCCAUAGACAAGUCUUAAUUACUAUUAUAUGGGAUAAAUAUUUUAAUAGAAGAAAUAAAGCUCAGAAGCUGAAUAAUUUUAUGCAAAAGUACUAUAAAAUAAUAUUAUAAUUAUAGACUUCCUAAUGUUGGUAUAAAUAUUUAAAGAGAUAUUAUUAAUAUGGUACUCCAUCAAGUGAAAAUCUUCCAGAAGAAGUUAUUUUCAAGGAAGCAUUGUAAGUCCUUAAAUAAAUUGAAGGUUCUAUUAUUUUAUUAUUAUAAAGAAUAUUUCAGAAAACACAUUGAUGAUAAUAACAUAAAGUUAUACAUAAUGCCAAUCACUUAUAAUUUAUAAGCCUAAGCCUUUGUUUACAAAAAGUUGAAUAAUGAAGAACAAUAUAGACAUUAUAUGGGAUUAGCUUAUUAAGAAUUUCUAAUGCAAUAUGGUGAAAAUCACAAAAAAACUAAGAAGGUGACAGAAAUUUAAGAAAUUAUUAAAUAAAGAGAAAGAGAAUAUUGA